AAAUAAUCAGUCAAUGGAUAAUUUAACUGCUUUCAGUGCGCCAAUUACAACCAAAUAAAGCGACAUUUCCCUCUCACUUUUUAUCCACUCUCUCGCGAUGACAUAACGCGCAACAAAUCCCGUCAGCACUCGGUUACAAUCGCAGUCCCACACGAGUGAAUAAUCCGCUGAUGAUAUUUUUUUGCGAUAUGUUUCAGUGCUCAGAAGUGAAGCACUAGCUGGGACAUUACAACGAUACGUGAGUGAGGAAAAAAAAAGUGAGUUGGGGGACAAUAGUGAUAGAGUGCAUAGUGAUUAAUAAUGCCGGAGUACGAUCAAGAGUCAAAAGUGAGGUUACGACGCACCAAAAGUGUAACAAGAGCUGAGGAAAUACAGAGGGCUGAUUACAUGGUCAGAAGAUCACAACCGGAUAAACCAUGUCACAAACCCAGGGACAGUUUAUUCUCCUGGAGCUCGGGCUUUGACAAUUUUACUGGUUUCGUUAAUUGGGGAUUUUUACUGCUGGGUCUUGGAGGGUUCCGAUUGCUCCUGGAGAAUUUCAUAAAAUAUGGAGUGCGGGUUGAUCCCAGAGAGUGGUUUCUGUUUUUAAGUGGUAAAAACGAUGGCGGGGAGGAGUAUCCCUCACUCAUUCUCAUAGCAUACUCGGUGGUGCCGGUGGUUCUCUGUCUCCUCAUCGAGAAAGGGCUCUCAUUGGACAUAAUAGCACAUGGUCCUGGUAUGGUGUUCCACGUAGUCAACCUCAUAGUGAUGGUCCUGAUGCCAAUGGUUGUGAUUCACGUGAAGGAAUCCGGCUUCAGUCUGAUUGGAUCCAUGUAUGUCUGCAUGCUGUACGCCAUCUUAUUCCUGAAACUGUGGUCAUACGUUCAGGUCAACAUGUGGUGCCGUACGAGUGCGAAAAAAUCAGUGACCCAGAGCAGAAUGCGGAGACAAUCGCUGUCAUAUAAUAAUCUACAGGCUUCCGCAGUUCAUCAAUGUAGCACCGAAUCGGAGGAAAUAUGGCACGACGCUAACGGGUCAAGUAUUCUGGUCCAGUAUCCGGAUAAUCUUCACAUUGGCGAUCUCAUCUACUACAUACUAGCACCAACACUCUGUUACGAGCUGAAUUUUCCACGUACACAGAGAGUUCGAAAGAGGUUUUUGAUGAAACGAAUCUUUGAAGUAUUCGUUGGCUGUCAGGUGGUGAUGUCUCUGUGCCAGCAGUGGAUGAUUCCGUCGGUUAAAAAUUCACUCAUACCCUUCACGAACAUGGAUGUCGCUAAAGCUGCCGAGAGACUUCUGAAACUCGCUAUACCGAAUCACUUGAUGUGGCUGUGCUUUUUCUACCUGGCGUUUCAUUCUUCCUUGAAUCUCAUGGGCGAGCUUCUCCACUUUGCUGACAGGAAUUUCUACUGCGACUGGUGGAAUGCUAAUAACAUUGACACCUUCUGGAGAACCUGGAAUAUGCCUGUGCACAGAUGGGCUGUGAGGCAUUUGUAUAUUCCGAUCGUGGAGAUGGGAUAUGGAAAAACUACGGCGAGUGUCACCGUUUUCUUCAUCAGCGCAUUCUUUCAUGAGUAUCUAGUCAGUGUACCGUUGAAGACAUUCAAAAUUUGGGCGUUUUUGGGAAUGAUGGGACAGAUACCACUAUCAGCUAUUAGCAAAUACGUCGAGCGUCACUUUGGGGCACGUUGGGGCAAUAUCGUUGUCUGGUCGAGCUUGAUAAUUGGUCAACCACUGUGCAUCAUGGUGUACUAUCACGAUUACGUUGUGACCCAUUUUGGUGAAACGCUCCUCGAAGAUCACUCAAUAGUGUAGUCGAAGCUAUUCUACAGUGGAUAAGUCAAUUCAUUCAUGGCAAGGUGGUCGAUUAAGGGACAGCUUCGCAAAGUGGAUGCGUCAAUCAAGGUGCACCGAGAUUAUCGCCGAAGGAGAGCGUGGAUCCACGGGCUUUCCAUUGUUUUGUAUUUAUUUUUCUACAUAGAAGUGCCUUGCGAGAUGAUACACUACCACUGAUGGGAGAAAAUUUUGUGCCAAAGUGAAAAAAAGGACAAUGUGCAAGAGAAGUAGAGACGAAUGUAAGAAAUUAAGAGAGAUUCUUAUGUAUAUAAAUAUUAACUGAAUUAACUCAUUCAAUCUCAACUCAUAUUGUUGAUAAGUACUCAAUACUGACGAAUUAACUCAUCUGUUUAUACGUGAAAGUCGUAUUUGUUGAUUUUUAUGGAGAAAUUUCUAUUAUCGUAACUAUUUUGUCAAUAUUUUCAUAUCAAUGCUGUAUUUCCAAUAAAUUCUCGAGACGAUGAAA